UCCCCGGGCAAGCACACUCACCUGCCUCUCACCCUCAACACACAGAUAUGCAGAUGGGUGUGGGCGUGGUGAUGGUGGUGAGUGUUGUGGGCGCUGCUUCUGCCUGCUUCAUCACCAACUGUCCUCCUGGAGGCAAGAGAUCAGGACCUUCAGUACAGCUUAACAACUUACGAGCGUGUACGUCAUGUGGUCCUGGUUUGAGAGGUCGCUGCCUGGGUCCAGAAAUCUGCUGUGGGCCGGGUAUUGGUUGUUUCCUGGGUACCCGGGAGGCCAGGCUGUGCCGAGCCGAGAACCUGGUGCCUCUCACCUGCACCAACACAGACCUCAAGAUCUGUGGCAGGCUACAAGAGGGUCACUGUGCUGCCUCUGGUCUUUGCUGCACAGAGAUGAAGUGCGAGUUCGACAACAGCUGCUUGGUGGAGGCCAGAGAGAGUGUAGAGGUCCAGGAGGUAGAGAGACAACGUUUUGCUCUCUUUCCCAGUCUUCCCGACGACCAAUGGAGCCUUUGAUCAUGCACACAUCGACAACUGGAAUCUUCUUUCCUCAGCACGCAACGUAGUCUUGCACAUCGCCACAUAGUGCCACAGUGUCAACACCCACAUGCAGUGGUUGCCACACUAUGGCAUCCCUAGGCUUGAAGAGCUGAACUGCCAGACCUGUCACCACACUGUUCCUACGAUGUUUCUGGUGCUCUUAUUAAACAUGUUGAUUGCGUUUUGCCUCUUGUAUCAUAUGAUUAACAUUGAAAAUACAAGUCGAAGUGUAAACAGGUUCAUCAAUAAAUAUCUGCAUGUACCAAUAAACCAAAGUAUUAAUGUCAGGAAAGUGCAAUCCAUCUUCCACAUUUGUUAUCGUGCGGGUUAAAAUGCGUGAACGAAUUUUCGUUAUGAACCUCGUGUUGCCGGAAGCCACUAGUUAUUUAUAUCUUUAUUGCCGGGUAUUAUACAGAAUAAGAUAAUAAACGCCAAUCUAAGUCUAUCCUAAUCUAAAAGGAAAGCGCUAAAACACUAUGGCACCUCCAUUCACGCUAAAAACUACGCACGGUGAAGUGAAGAUGGCUGGAACACUGGCUGGAACACUGGCUGGAACACGAUGGUUGGAACACUAUGGCUGGAACACUAUGGCUAGAACACUAUGGCUGGAACACUAUGGCUGGAACACUGGCUGGAACACUAUGGCUGGAACACUAUGGCUGGAACACUAUGGCUGGAACACUGGCUGGAACACUAUGGCUGGAACACUAUGGCUGGAACACGAUGAGUGUAACACAAUGGUUGAAACGACCAGAUGAAUCUUUCUGCUCAUGCGGAAAACCUUGAAUCAUCUCAUUAGUUAUUCCUUCUGACACACCUGGUGAUGCCGUUGCCCAAAUAAAUUAAUAUGAUCUAUAUAUUUUCGUAGUUUUCUUAUUCUUGGGAUUGUGUGUACUCACCUAGUUGUGGUUUCAGGGGUCGAGUCACAGCUCUUGGCCCCCACCUCUUCACUGGUAGUUACUAAGUCUCUUUCUGCU